GGUUACAGUACCAACAUUUAGACGUUUUACCAUGCAUAGUAAUUUCGUUUUUACAUUGGUGUGCUGCAGUAUUUUCUUCAUCGCGAAAGGCGAUGAAAAACCUGAAGAAUGGCGACUUAAAUUAGAGGAAGCAAAUGGAACAUGCAGCAGAAAGUUUAAGGUAGAAACGCUCCAAGAAACAUGCAAAGAUUUUCCUCCAUGUAUAGAAGGAGAAAAAGGGGUGGCUGGACCAAAGGGUGAUAAUGGUGAUAAAGGAGAUAAGGGUCCUCAGGGCCCAAUCGGGGAGUGCCCGCCUCUUGGAACAGAAAAAAACCCCGAUACCAGUUGUAAUACGGCACUGGAUGACACGUGGAUUUUUAGGCCAAAACCAUUUCAAGUAUCAUGUAAAAAUAAAAGUGAAAUUUGCAUUGAUAUUCCAAAGACAAACUUGAGUACAGAAGAUUUAAACAAGCGAAGCACUAUUGUAACAAAAGAAGAUUGGCUAUGGACUGCAAUAAAAAAAACAGACUUCAAAGACUUUUACGGGUAUGAAAAGUCUCAGAUAUCCCAUCUCGUGUCGAUAUCUGACGACGUGACCAUGGAGUUGAUGGUCCACUGUUACAACUUCGAGCUCAAGGACAACAUCCAGAUACUGCUGUUGGACAGCACUCACGUCGGACAGAAUCCUACUCCUGAUUCACCCGUCACUUAUACUGUGAGACAUAAUGGCUGCAAGAAUUUGGGAGCUAACGAGUGGGGUUCUGCCAUCAUAUCAUUGAAGACUUGGUCCACAGCUAUCAAGAAUUUCUACGUUAAACCAGAGGAAACCACCGCCGAACAAAGAAUCUAUAUUCAAUUAAAUAAACUUUGUUUUAAUUUCUUUUUAAAACAUGACUAA